GCUAUAGACCUGUUUAUUUUUCAAACUCUCUUUCUCUCAUCUAAUUCUUCCAGCAGUAUCUCUCACACUGGCUCUACCACAAAGACUUUCAGGAAGGCGAUAGUCCGGGCAGUUUCAUUUUAGGUUAUCAGAAGUUUAAAGAUUUAGAGUUUUCGGUUUUAUUUCUUUUCUGAUGCUUAUCUCUAACGCGCCAUCUGCAGAGUCUGUGAAAAGGAAGCCUUCCAUGUCAUCCUAUUCCAUCCCGCCUUUUCCACUCACCCGCCGGGCACUCUAAGGUUUUGCCGCGAAACUUCAACAGACUUGAGCGAGCCCGCACCAGUGCCAGCAGUACCAUAGCGUCGCGGCUGCACCGAGGGAAGUGUUUGUGCUCCAAGUCUGUCUACACAAUACCAUAUAGAAUCUUAAGAAACAUCAUGGCAGAAAGUAAUCAAGCCUUCAUAUUUAAAAUCCUUCAACACCUGUCAAACGACGAAAUGAAAACAUUUCUGAUACUGAACAAAGAAGAUAUAAGCAGGUGUAAACUAGAGAAUAUUAAUGCGGUUGAUGCAACAAAAUUAAUAAUGGCUUAUUCUGAGACGCCUCUAGAAUGUCUUAAGGAUUUCCUGGAGGAAAUUCCCAGAAAAGAUCUUGUUAUAAAGAUCAAUGAUAAAAUUGAAGCUGACAUACAGAAUAAAGGUGAAGCUCAAGAUAAUGUGACGUCUGAAGUAAUAAAUUCCUGUCCAGGAAGUAGUAACCAUCCAACAUAUACUGGUAAAUACACACUUUUUGAUCUGGAAGACUAUGCAACAAAGAAUCAAGACCAACUAAUAAUGCACCUAGAAGACAUCCUGGAACCUGAUGAAUUUAAUGAACUGAAAAAACAGCUGAUGUGUAGUGUGCUGAAUACGUUUUUUUCGUUUACUGCUCAGAAAUAUUACGAAUUGUAUAUAAAUGGUGAAGUGAAAGAUUUUCUUGAAACUACUGCUGAUAAACCAAAAAAAAUACCUAUGAAACUUCUUAACAUUCUGUUCUCUAAGAAAAAAAAAAACCGUAAAAGAAAGGUCCAGGAACAAAUGCAGAGAGAAAGCAAUAUUAAUUUGAAAAAGAAGCGAUUUGUUAAUAUUGAUGAUGAUGAUGACAGUGUGCCAGAUAAAGUUAUAUUUGGAAUUGAAAAUGAAAAAAAAAUCCCGAUUCCUCCAAAUCAACAUAAACCUGGUAAUGAAGAUAGUAAUGUGAUAGAAGAACAUGGGUUGGGUAAAGAUUCAAGAAUGGCCACUGAGAACAGUAUGAAAAAAAUAUCCUGAUUCCUCCAAAUCAACAUAAACUGGUAAUGAAGAUAGUAAUGUGAUAGAAGAACAUGGAUUGGGUGAAGAUUCAAGAAUGGCCACUGAGAACAGGUAUGAAAAAAAUGAAAAUGAAAAAAAAAUCCCGAUUCCUCCAAAUCAACAUAAACCUGGUAAUGAAGAUAGUAAUGUGAUAGAAGAACAUGGGUUGGGUGAAGAUUCAAGAAUGGCCACUGAGAACAGGUAUGAAAAAAAUGAAAAUGAAAAAAAAAUCCCGAUUCCUCCAAAUCAACAUAAACCUGGUAAUGAAGAUAGUAAUGUGAUAGAAGAACAUGGAUUGGGUGAAGAUUCAAGAAUGGCCACUGAGAACAGGUAUGAAAAAAUGAAAAUGAAAAAAAAAUCCCGAUUCCUCCAAAUCAACAUAAACCUGGUAAUGAAGAUAGUAAUGUGAUAGAAGAACAUGGGAUGGGUGAAGAUUCAAGAAUGGCCACUGAGAACAGGUAUGAAAAAAAUGAAAAUGAAAAAAAAAUCCCGAUUCCUCCAAAUCAACAUAAACCUGGUAAUGAAGAUAGUAAUGUGAUAGAAGAACAUGGAUUGGGUGAAGAUUCAAGAAUGGCCACUGAGAACAGGUAUGAAAAAAAUGAAAAUGAAAAAAAAAUCCCGAUUCCUCCAAAUCAACAUAAACCUGGUAAUGAAGAUAAUAAUGUGAUAGAAGAACAUGGGUUGGGUGAAGAUUCAAGAAUGGCCACUGAGAACAGGUAUGAAAAAAUGAAAAUGAAAAAAAAAUCCCGAUUCCUCCAAAUCAACAUAAACCUGGUAAUGAAGAUAGUAAUGUGAUAGAAGAACAUGGGAUGGGUGAAGAUUCAAGAAUGGCCACUGAGAACAGGUAUGAAAAAAAUGAAAAUGAAAAAAAAAUCCCGAUUCCUCCAAAUCAACAUAAACCUGGUAAUGAAGAUAGUAAUGUGAUAGAAGAACAUGGAUUGGGUGAAGAUUCAAGAAUGGCCACUGAGAACAGGUAUGAAAAAAAUGAAAAUGAAAAAAAAAUCCCGAUUCCUCCAAAUCAACAUAAACCUGGUAAUGAAGAUAAUAAUGUGAUAGAAGAACAUGGGUUGGGUGAAGAUUCAAGAAUGGCCACUGAGAACAGGUAUGAAAAAAUGAAAAUGAAAAAAAAAUCCCGAUUCCUCCAAAUCAACAUAAACCUGGUAAUGAAGAUAAUAAUGUGAUAGAAGAACAUGGGAUGGGUGAAGAUUCAAGAAUGGCCACUGAGAACAGGUAUGAAAAAAAUGAAAAUGAAAAAAAAAUCCCGAUUCCUCCAUCAACAUAAACCUGGUAAUGAAGAUAGUAAUGUGAUAGAAGAACAUUGGCCAGAUGAAGAUUCAAGAAUGGCCAUUGAGAAGUGGUAUGAAGACCAAAUAAAAAAUAAGUACAGCGAAAGAAUAUCUUUAAAUUACAUUUGCAUUCAUGAGCACCAAGUAUAUGCCUGCUUCAAAGCUCAUGAUGUAUUACAGUUCAGAUUGCCAGAUGACACAGAUUAUCGUAUUCUAGCUAUUCUGCAGGAAAAAAGAGAUCUUACUAAUUCACGAAAACUGAAAAAGGAGGUGCGAUUUGCAUUGCAAUUUAACAUGGCUGUUCUAAAUGUUCAAUUUUCUGAAGUUAUCUCUUCUAAAGGAUUUAUUUGUAACAUACAAGCAGAUGAUUCCUUUGCUCAAUAUGAAACGUUUUUUAAAAAUACUGUGUUUAAAAUUGUGUUGCCUGUUCUAGCACUGUAUAAGCGGGUAAAGUUAAAUGCUUUCGAUAAUGCUGUAUAUCCUAAUAAAGAAAGCAAAUCUUCUUUCAGUGAGAAGUUGUAAGUGUAGCUUCAAUAUUCCACUGAAAAUGUCCAUUCAUUGCUUGAUUAAAUUGCAAAUGAUAAUUUGUGAUUGGAUGCUUGGCUGAGGGAGAAUUCAAGUUUCUUUGUUGUCUCCCAUCCAAUUUAAUUUAGUAAUAAAAUGACUGUUGGGAAGUAACAUGUUUAUAAACCAAUUUAAAAUUUGUUAAUAUUAGUUCUUAGCGAUUCAAAAUUUAUUUUUCAAUAUAUGUAAUGUAUACAUUUAUACAAUAAAUUGUAUACACAUUCUGAAAUAACAAGUUUUUCAUUUUACAAA